CACAGCUGAUCACGUGAUGUGGUAAAAGGCCAAUCAUACCGGCCUUUUACCACGUGAUCAGCGGUGUCCAAUGACACGCUGAUCACAGGGAAAUGCAAGUGCCGGUUCUCAGCUGCACUUUCCUCACGCUUGCCCAGCAAUGCCACCCGCAAGUUCUGCCCACCUGUGCCCAGCAGUGCGCCCACUAGCUCCGCCCACCUGUGCCCAGCAGAUCACCCACCUGUGCCCAGCAGUGCACCCACCUGUGCCCAGCAGUGCACCCACC